UUUCUGGGAUGCACAGACUGCGAGUCCAACCGUGCGUCAUCCUCCCUCGCUCCGACAGACCCCGCAACUUCCAGUCGGGACGGGGGUGAACUUUCCCUUUAUGUGAAGUGACUUUCCCAACGGAACUUUCCCCAUGGUUGUGAGAGUGACGCUCGUGGAUGUCCCCGCGGGGGUUAAAUAGCGCCCCCGGAAUCUCCGUCAGGAUUUACUGCCCAACAUGAGGAUUUUCUGCCGUUUCUCGGAUACGGGACGGAUUUACAAAACGGCGCUAAUAUUCAUCGUGUUCCUUCCUCUGAACCAGGGCAGGGGGUCUGUGCUGGAAGACACUUUGAAGAACUGGUCUCAGUAUAAACAAGACUGCAUGAAACGCCUGGAAGACGAGAGGGGCAUUCUAACUGGUGUUUAUUGCAAUGGAACGUUCGAUCACUUUGCCUGCUGGCCGCACUCUCGCCCGGGCAAUGUCUCUGUCCCGUGUCCCUGGUACCUCCCUUGGGCUCAGCCAGGCAGCACCGGCCUUGUAUACAGAGUCUGCUCCGAGGAGGGAGUUUGGCAAACGGCGGAGAACUCAACAAGCAUUUGGCGGGAUCACGGGGAAUGUUCUGGAAAGAAUCACUUCAAACAGAAUGACAAAGAUUAUGCCUCGCUUUCUGCGCUACAAAUUAUUUACACCAUUGGAUAUUCCAUAUCGCUUGGGGCGCUGCUUCUGGCACUUGUGAUUCUCCUUCUAUUCAGAAAACUUCAUUGCACAAGAAAUUAUAUCCACAUGAACCUCUUUGCUUCCUUCAUCAUGAGAGCGCUGGCUGUCCUCAUAAAAGAUAUUGUCUACAAAAAUACUUAUUUCAAAAAGAAUGAUGAAAUGGGCUGGAUGUCGCAUCUUACGUCAGAGAUAUCUACCUCAUGCCGAGUCGCUCAAGUCUUCAUGCAUUUUUUCGUGGGUGCAAAUUACUGUUGGCUCUUUGUAGAAGGCCUCUACCUCCACACGAUCCUGGUUACUGUAAUCCUUUCAGAGAAGGGCUUGCUCCUGAAAUAUCUUUUCAUUGGCUGGUUUUUCCCGCUCCUCUUUGUUGUGCCCUGGGUAAUAGCAAAACUAUACUAUGAAAACAAUGGAUGCUGGGGAGUGAACGAGAGUCCUGGAAUCUGGUGGAUCAUCCGUGGGCCGAUGCUGCUUGGAAUAUUGAUCAAUUUUCUUAUAUUUAUCAAAGUUUUGAAACUCCUGUACUCGAAACUGAAAGCUCAGCAAAUGAGGUACACGGACUGCAAGUACAGACUGGCGAGAGCCACACUCGCACUGAUACCGCUGCUGGGGAUGCACCACGUGGUCUUCACUUUCAUUACCGACGAGCUGGUGGAGGGGGCGACGCGCCAUUUCUGGCUCCUCAUUCAGCUGGCGUUCGAGUCGUUUCAGGGAUUUGUGGUCGCCAUAUUCUAUUGCUUUACCAAUGGGGAAGUACGGGCUGAGCUGCGGAAACAAUGGAACCUCUUCCUGUUGCGUUAUUUUCCAUGCCAAAGCUAUUUCAUUGACAACACGGUCAAGUAUCAGUCAAAAAGUUCCAAGUCCCCCAGGAACAAGGUCAUCAGAAAAAACGGGUUCUACCAAGAAGACAAGCGUCCCAGUAGCGUCCGCCUUCUCAACGUGACAGUCAAUGCUGUUUCGGACUUGAAUCCACAAUGGCCGGUCCAGUACUUUGCAAGAGGGAGUGUGUCCGAGAGUAGCGACUGCGGUUUUACAAUGGGCGAGACGAUAGAGGAGACCCUUGAAGAUCUAAAAUCUAAUGACUUACAGAUGGAUGACUCUUCAUAAAGCUGAAAGUCGAUUGGACAGCCUUCUCUUGUCAAAGUGAAUAUGAAAAGUUGAGUUGAACCAAGGUUUCCUGUAGGACUUCCUGUCUCCACUUUAGCCAAAACUAACCAAUGGGUGGUGAGUAAACCUACUUUGACUGCAAAGCACAGUAAGAAACCUGAAGUCUUCCAGCCGGUGUGAUGCAAUGGCGCCACUUUGCCUUCUAAACGGGCUUCUGAACAGGGUCGUCAUUCUCUUGGUUUAAAUUUGAAAAUCAAAAACAAAGCAAUAGAUAUAAAUAUAUGUUUCUAAAAAAGCAACAGGUACCAUGGACCUUGAAGUUGACAUCUAGGGGGAUUAAAUAUUCAAGACUACAUUUUCCGCAAUAAUCAAAAAUCGUCGCAAAACAUGUGAUCUCUAUUUUUUUCAAAUCAAGUUUCCCGAAUUUUUACAAAAUAAAAAAAAAACCUCAACUAUCGAAAAUGAAUAUGUUCAACAUCUAAAGCCUGGUAAGUGUCUACACAAGUCCAUGGGAGACGUAUCAACAGUCAACUUCUUUUACUUUUUGUUCUUUUUAUUAAACAAAUAUAAAAAAAAAUAAAACUGAUGAUUUUUUGUUGAAAUUAAAAAAUUUUCAAUUUUGGAUUUUUUUUUGCAUUUGUUUUUAAAACAAAAGGUGCCAUUGACCUUAAUGUUGACACCUAAAGGCCUAUCGAUUACAAUCUGGAUUUAACACAAUUUGAGAAUUUUCAGCAGAAAAAAAAUCUCAAAAACGAAAAAAAAUCUGGCAAGAAUCGUUUAUUUUUUAAUGGAAUUUUUUCAAAUUUUAUAAAAAUGUUAGUGAUCGUAAAAAUUCAUGAUUUUUUUUGGAAUCAAGUUUUGGAAAAUAUGGGAUUCAAAAAGACGGAUAAAUUGCCCUUCACUAAAUGGAACGUCCAUACUGUGGGUGCAUUCGUAUUUUGGGGUAUUUGUACCCCUGAUCAGUGACUUUGGGGGGCUUUACUAUUUGGGAAUUUGAUACGCAGAGGAUUGUUUAGUGCCUUCCGAACCUUAAUGGAACAAUUACAGCCACCAUGGUCUCCACUCUAGAACAUUAUUGAAGAAUUUCCAGUAAUUUGCCAGUAAAUUCACCAGUUUUUCUAAAAAUGUUCAUUGAUGGUGCCCUGAGACAAGAUGGCGCCACUGGACUCCAUUGGACACAACUGAUUUUUAAAGGGGAAACAAUAUUUAAAAAGACCCCUUGUCUGCUGGUAGGUCAACUCUAGCACCUUAUAUGUUAUAAACAAGGAAUUUCUAUAUAAUUUAUCAUUUAUAGGCUCUUUAUGUAUUAGUGUUGGAAUUGUAUAUAUACAGUAUAUAAAGAUGUACAAUUUCUAAGAAGCCAAUCAUUUUACAAUGUAUAUAUAGGGCAACAAGGCCACGCCUAUUUCAUUAUUAAACUGUGAAUAUGUAAAUGUUGAACCAAACCAAAUAUAUCUAUAAGUACCGUUGGUUUAUUAUUAGCUGUACUGUAUAUAUUUAGGGGAUUUGUAAAGUUUCCCAUCUUUUUGCCCCACAAUAACCCUUCGGAAAUCAUGGGUUUCUCCAGCCUUGGCCAGUGCCCAUUGAUAUCAAACUCAGAGGGCGAGAGAUGCCACCAAAGCCACUGUUUAGUUCUGCCAUUUUGGUUCUGCUCUAGGGAAGAGUUAUGAUUGGCCAAGGGAAAGUUAUGUGCUUAGGCCGGGGGCCGAGAGGCCUGUGCAUUGGGCUAAGAGGGGGGAAUUGCCUGAGAAGGGGUUUCUUCUUGUCUAAUCAAGAUUAUUUGGAUGAGUUGGGGUUUCAGGCACAAAAAACACUGAAUAUGGAAGGCAAGGCCUGAAGGUACUUGUUUCUACUAAGUAUCUAUUUUAUCUGCUCCACAUGCUGCUACUUGUUCCUACUGAGUAUCCCCUUAUCUGCUCCACCUUCUGUUACUUGUUCCUACUGAGUAUCCCUUGAUCUACUCCACCUUCUGUUACUGGUUCCUAAUGAGUAUCCCUGGAUCUGCUCCACCUUCUGUUACUGGUUCCUACUGAGUAUCCCCUUAUCUGCUCCACCUUCUGUUACUUGUUCCUACUGAGUAUCCCUUGAUCUACUCCACCUUCUGUUACUGGUUCCUAAUGAGUAUCCCUUGAUCUGCUCCACCUUCUGUUACUGGUUCCUACUGAGUAUCCCUUGAUCUUCUCCACAUUCUAUUACUGGUUCCUACUGAGUAUCCCUUGGUCUGCUCCACCCUUUGUUACUUGUUCCUACUGAGUAUCCCCUAAUCUGCUCCACCUUCUGUUGCUGGUUCCUACUGAGUAUCCCCUUAUCUGCUCCACAACCUGUUACUUUUCCCUGUGUUCUUGUUCCUACUGAGUAUCCCUUUAUCUGCUCCACAACCUGUAACUUGUUCCUGAGUAUCCCUUGAUCUGCUCCACCUUCUGUUACUUGUUCCUACUGAGUAUCCCUUGAUCUUCUACACAUUCUAUUACUGGUUCCUACUGAGUAUCCCUUGGUCUGCUCCACCCUUUGUUACUGGUUCCUACUGAGUAUCCCCUUAUCUGCUCCACCUUCUGUAACUUGUUCCUACUGAGUAUCCCUUGGUCUGCUCCACUCUCUAUUACUUGUUCCUACUGAGUAUCCCCUUAUCUGAUCCACUCUCUAUUACUUGUUCCUACUAAGUAUCCCUUGGUCUGCUCCACCCUUUGUUACUGGUUCCUACUGAGUAUCCCCUUAUCUGCUCCACCUUCUGUUACUUGUUCCUACUGAGUAUCCCCUUAUCUGCUCCACUCUCUAUUACUUGUUCCUACUGAGUAUCCCUUUAUCUGCUCAACUCUCUAUUACUUAUUCCUACUGAGUAUCCCUUGGUCUGCUCCACCCUUUGUUACUUGUUCCUACUGAGUAUCCCCUUAUCUGCUCCACUCUCUAUUACUGGUUCCUACUGAGUAUCCCCUUAUCUGCUCCACUCUCUAUUACUUGUUCCUACUGAGUAUCCCUUUAUCUGCUCAACUCUCUAUUACUUAUUCCUACUGAGUAUCCCUUGGUCUGCUCCACCCUUUGUUACUUGUUCCUACUGAGUAUCCCCUUAUCUGCUCCACUCUCUAUUACUGGUUCCUACUGAGUAUCCCUGGAUCUGCUCCACCUUCUGUUACUGGUUCCUACGGAGUAUCCCUGGAUCUGCUCCACCUUCUGUUACUGGUUCCUACUGAGUAUUUCAUUGUGUAACAAUAACAAAUCAUGCUUUAGAGCUGACAGCUGAUUGUCUCUGGUUCUAAUGAAUGUUUUGCCCCACUCAGUAUAAAAUAUUACAAUUUGUAUAUUAUGCACGUGUUUUAUAACUGAAUUUUAAUUAAAAAAAAAUCGUCGGUGACUAAC